CCUACCUUAGCUCAGCAGUGUGGUCAGUAGCUGUUUGUACCUAUGGCUGGUUCCCUCUCUCCCUCUCUCCUUGAUGUCAGGCACAAGCCGGAGGGGCGUGACACUGCGUGUACCGGUACCAUGAUGACUGCUGGUUACCCCGAGCAGGGAGGGGGCGGUGGGGGCCCCCCUUCUGCAGGAGCAGCAGCUGUUGGGGGUGCCACGGCGCCCACACCACAGCCAGUAGUGCCCCCCGCCCACAACCCCGCCGCCCAGACCGCCCACGAUCAGUGCCUGGCUGGACAGCCACUACCACCAGACCACCACAGCUAUCAUGACCAGGCGCAGUUUGAGGCUGACAAGCGCUCUGUUUACAAACACCCGCUGUUCCCGCUACUAGCCUUGCUCUUCGAGAAGUGUGAGUUGGCAACUCAAAGUGCCGACUCUGUGAGCAGUGACUCCUUCAACUUGGACAUCCAAGCCUUCGUCCAACACCAGGAGAGAGACCGCAAACCUUUCCUCAUGAAUGACCCCGAGGUGGACGGCCUGAUGAUUAAGGCGAUCCAGGUAUUGCGCAUCCACCUGCUGGAGUUGGAAAAGGUGCAAGAGCUGUGCAAGGACUUCUGCAACCGCUACAUCACCUGCCUGAAGGGCAAGAUGCAGAGUGAGAACCUGCUACGUACAGAGUAUGGCUACGACUCCCCCGGUUCUCCUGAUGGAGGCAGUCCUUACAACGGUCACCACCAGCUCCACAUGGCACACCCCCAUCCACAGGUAGUUAGCACCUCAGGACAGGUAUUAGCGGGAGAGUAUCUGGACGGGCAGCAGCAGCAGCAGCAAGCCGCUUUGUGUCUCCAGGUGACUCAACACCAUAACCACCACCACCACCAUCACCACCACCACCACCAGCAGCAGCAGGCAGAGUAUCACCAACACCACCAUCAAAUUCAGUCCCAGGAGCUGCAACAUGACCAACUGGCGACCCCAACCCGAAGUCCUCCUGGUAUGGUCGCCACCACAAAGUCCACUGCCCUUCCCGGCCCUCCCGUCGCUACCACAAUGCCCACUACCAUCGUCCAUGUCUCACCCACCACGCCCACGACGUCCCUGUCCACGCCCGCAUCACCAACCCUAAUCCAGGGCAGCACACCACUCUCACAGAUCGGCGCCCACCCCUGCCCUCCACCCCCAGAGACCAGUAUCGUUAACUUGCUGGCUCCCCUGACCCCCCCAUCAUGUGAGGAGGAGGAGGAAGGUGGGAUGCGACGACAGAAGCGAGGGGUCCUUCCCAAGCAUGCGACUGCCAUCAUGAAAGCCUGGCUCUUUCAGCACAUCGUUCACCCUUACCCAAGUGAAGAUGAGAAAAGACACAUCGCAGCACAGACCAACCUGACGCUUCUGCAAGUGAACAACUGGUUCAUCAAUGCCCGACGUCGUAUCCUACAACCCAUGAUCGAUGCCUCCACUCCUCCCGACCAGAAGACCAAGAAGUCGAAGGCCUACAACCCCAAGGCCUCUGCCACAAGGUUCUGGCCUGAUAGUCUCAUAAGUCUGCAUGGUAAACCACAGAACAACAAUAACAACAACAAUACGGCUUCAUCACUCGCUCGCAAGACUAACUUUUCUAACACGGGUACGUUGCAUGGCUUUGGUGACUGGUGCUUCCACAGGCUUUGCUCAUGAAAUUAGACAAAUGCAAUCGGAUACAGGCAUGCACCUGACAGACCAUUUCAGUUUUAAACUUGCACAAGGAUGUAUAAUAGAUGUUUACAAAAGGGCUGCUCGAUUUUUUCUUGCACUACAGCAUAUUUACUACUACAUUGCUUAUGGCUAAAGACUUGAUUGCUCUUGCUUUAAAAAAAAAAAGAGAUUUAUUGUGCUCACCUUAAACUGCUAUGGUAAUUCUGCACUGAAGCUUGGGAAAGAAUCCUGUUGUCCAUGACUGCUUGGUUUUUAUCGUACUAUAAUUUCUUUGAAAUCAUUCUAAUAAAAUUAUUUGUAAUUUACUAAAUUUUAUAUUUCUGUUUGUAAACUUUAAUAAUAUUCGUAAAAUUCACUUUAACAUUUAAACAUAAUUAACAAUAUAAAAAAAUCACUUUCAAAAAUAUUAAAAUGAUAAUCACUAUUCUUAAUUACAGUAAUAUACAAAUAAAUACAGUAUUCACAUAUGGUAUAUUUACUGUAUACAGUAAUUGCUGAAUACAGUAUAUGUAUUUCAACAAACUGAUUAAUAAUUUAAGUCAAUGGGCCACAUUUGCCUUUAGAAACAUGACUGGUAGUGAUCAAAUGAAAUACUGUUUUUUCCCUUGGUCAAGGUAACUCAAGUUAAUAUUUCUUGGUGAUUUACAUUGUUUAAAUACAGUACUGUAAUAGCAUUCCAUCAUAUUUUUUUUUCUUAAUGCAUACAAACAAUUAUCUUGGGAUAUGAUUUUUAAAAUAGCAUUACAGUAUGACAGUUCAAGUACAGUACUAAUGCAAACCCAUACUAUGUACAGCAUUUCUGGCAAUUCUAUAUUUUCAUAGAAAUCUGA